CCAGGGAACGUGGAAGGCGCACCGACAGGGAGCCGGCCAGGGAGGGCGAGUGAAAGAAGGAAAUAAGAAAGAAAGGGGGUUAACAAAAUAAAAACAGCCUGAGCCACGGCUGGAGAGACCGAGACCCGGCGCAAGAGAGCGCAGCCUUAGUGGGAGAGGAACGGGAGACUCAGCAGAGCGCGCUCAGCACUGACUUUUGCUGCUUCUUCUGCUUUUUUUUUUCUUAGAAACAAGAAGGCGCUAGCGACAGCCUCACACGCGAGCGCCACGCGAGGCUCCCGAAGCCAACCCGCGAAGGGAGGAGGGGUGGGAGGAGGAGGAGGCGUAGACAGAGGAGAAAAGGCAUUUGCACCUUCUUUGCUCCCUCUCUAGGAAGUCUCCUGGGGAUUUUGUAUUUUUUUUAACUUCCUCGGGGCUCCCUCUUCAUCUUUCCCCUUCUUUCUCUGUCUGUUCGUGCACCCAAGUCCUGUCUGUGUCCCCCUCGCGCGCCCCGCACCUCGGGUCCCAGCUCGCUCUGAUCCCGCGCCUCCUUGGCCGCCGCUGCGCAUGGAAAGCUCUGCCAAGAUGGAGAGCGGCGGCGCGGGCCAGCAGCCGCAGCCGCAGCCCCAGCCGCCCUUCCUGCCGCCCGCAGCCUGCUUCUUUGCUACCGCAGCAGCUGCGGCGGCGGCGGCGGCGGCAGCGGCGGCGCAGAGCGCGCAGCAGCAGCAGCAGCAACAGCAGGCGCGGCAGCUGAGCCCCGCGGCCGACAGCCAGCCCUCAGGGGGCGGUCACAAGUCAGCGCCCAAGCAAGUCAAACGACAGCGCUCGUCCUCGCCCGAACUGAUGCGCUGCAAACGCCGGCUCAACUUCAGCGGCUUCGGCUACAGCCUGCCGCAGCAGCAGCCGGCCGCCGUGGCGCGUCGCAACGAGCGCGAGCGCAACCGCGUCAAGUUGGUCAACCUGGGCUUUGCCACCCUUCGGGAGCACGUCCCCAACGGCGCGGCCAACAAGAAGAUGAGCAAGGUGGAGACCCUGCGCUCGGCCGUCGAGUACAUCCGUGCGCUGCAGCAGCUGCUCGACGAGCACGACGCGGUGAGCGCUGCCUUCCAGGCUGGCGUCCUGUCGCCCACCAUCUCCCCCAACUACUCCAACGAUUUGAACUCCAUGGCCGGCUCGCCGGUCUCAUCCUACUCGUCCGACGAGGGCUCUUACGACCCGCUCAGCCCCGAGGAGCAGGAGCUGCUCGACUUCACCAACUGGUUCUGAGGGGCACGGCCUGGUCAGGCCCUGGUGCGAAUGGACUUUGGAAGCAGGGUGACCGCAUAACCUGCUGUCUUUAGUGCUUUCUCGUCAGCGUCAGCGACGUUGGGAGGGAGAAAAAAGGAAAAGAAAAAAAA